AUGAUAUCUGCUUUACUUUGGAUUCGUAAAGGUGUAGCUGCUGAACAACCUGAGAAAUAUGAACUAGAUGAUAAAGAAUAUGAAAGAAUCAGUCAAUUAACUGCAACACAAUUAGAAAACUCAAAAAGCGAAUUAGUAAA